UCUCUCUUCUUCUUGUUUUCUUUGCUUCGUUUCAUCUUCAUACCAAACCAAACCAAACAAACAAAACACAAAACUCUUCCUUGGUCUUGUCUUAGUCUUUCUUGAAAAACAAAACACAAAUCACGAUUUUCUUAUGAAGUGUUGCUUUAUGAGUUUAUAUUUUGUCCAAACUCAUCUAAACCACAAACUUUUGUGACCAAAAAAAAAAAAAUUUGUUUUCAAGAAAACGAGAUCCAUCUUUGUUUUCCCAAAAAAUGAAUUUUUUUGUCUAGUUAUAUUCUUUUAUUUUUCAUUCAUUUAUAAGAGUUGAUCAAACUUGUUCAUGGGCAUUUUUUAGUUCCCUCAAGUUUUUUGAUCCUCUUUUUUUAUUUAUAUUAUUGAUCUAUGGAGGUUGCUUAUUUCAAACCUUGUUGAUCAAAUUUUAUUUUCUGUAAAAAGAAAAAAAACUAGUCUUUGAAAUUUUUUUCUAAAAAGACAGGUUUUUAAAUCUAAUUUUUAUAUUUUUUGUAGUAUAUAUUUUUUUUUUUUUGUAUUUCAGGAAACUCCGAUGGCGGAUUUCUUCGGUGGCGGCCAAGGCGGCGAGCUUAUGGAAGCACUUCAACCUUUUUAUAAAAGUGCUUCCACGUCUGCCUCAGAUUCUGCGUUUGCAUCUUCAAACGCUGCGUUUGCGUCUGCGCCAAACGACUCAUUCUCUUAUUCCUCUUACUAUAAUCCUCAUGCAUCUUUCACAACCUCUUACCCGGAUCUUUAUUCCGGAUCCAUGACCUAUCCAUCUUCUUUCGGGUCGGAUCUCCAACAACCCGAUUCUUUUGAACAAAACUACCAAUCUCAGUUCCAUUACCAAGACAAUAUCACUUACCCUCACCAAGACAAUACUUGCAUGCUCAACUUCAUCGACCCGAGUCAGCCGGGUUUUAUGACUCAACAAAGUCCGGUUUCGGGUUUGGGUUCGGGUUCGGUUUCAAAGCCUGCUAAGCUCUAUCGUGGAGUGAGGCAAAGGCACUGGGGAAAAUGGGUCGCGGAGAUCCGUUUACCCAGAAACCGGACCCGACUCUGGCUCGGAACAUUCGACACGGCUGAGGAAGCCGCGUUGGCUUAUGACCGCGCUGCGUUCAAACUUCGUGGCGACUCGGCUCGGCUAAACUUCCCCGCACUUCGAUACCAAACCGGCUCGUCUCCAUCUGACUCCGGCGAAUACGGUCCUAUUCAAGCCGCCGUUGACGCUAAGCUUGAAGCCAUAUUAGCUGAGCCGAAGAACCAGCCGGGCAAAACAGAGAGGACAUCAAGAAAACGAGCUAAAGCUACGGCUUCUUCGGUCAAGCAACCAGCAGCAACACAGCAACAUUCCGGGUCGGGUGAAAGUGACGGUUCGGGUUCACCGACGUCGGAUGAUGUUAUGGUGACGGAGAUGUGCGAAGAGCCAGAGAUGCCGUGGAAUGAAAACUUCAUACUUGGGAAGUGUCCCUCUUACGAAAUCGACUGGGCUACAAUUUUAUCGUGAAAAAAAAAAGUAUUAGGAUUCUAUUCAUUUUUAUUCAUUAUAACAUGUUUGUAUUUUAUAUGUUUAAAACUUAGGGUUAUUAAUUAGCUUUGCUUAAAAAAUUGUAAUUUUAGCAUUUUGUAUGAAUUUAAUGCAAGUGUGUAAAUUAUGGACAGCUCAAGCUUUUUUUCUUU